GUCACAGUUUACUCGGGCAUUUGUACCUUACUGUUACUAUUUAUUUAAUGAUGCAGCCAUCACCAUUACACAAUAUUUUAUUGGUCAAUCAAUGUCUGUUUGUGCCCACUGCCGGACAUAGACCUCCUGGAGAGCACGUCACCACACGAUCCUUCACUUUCCUCAACCUCUACCAUCUUAAGGUCCUUCCUUCAGUCCAGCGGAUUAGAGGUCGUCCCACACUGAGCUUGCUGGUACGCGGUUUCCACUCCAAAAUACGUCUGCCCCAUUGGCUAUCGAUUCUGCGACAGACAUCGCCUGCCUGCCUACUGCCACUUCCGCUUGCAAAGUUAGCUGUCGGUUACUUUGAUUCUCCUCCUUUGAUUUUCUCGUUGCGGAUUGCCCUUCAGAGAGACACCCAACAUAGCCCGCCCCAUAGCACGCUGAGCGACAGAACUUCUGGUUAAGGCUGUCAGGGUCCACGUUUCAGUACCUACCCUACGUCAUCACAGGCAGGACACAUUCAUUUAAAGGCUCUUCUUUCGAGUGUAGUAAAAAAUAAGCAGGUAGGUACUUACGAAUGUACCUAUUUAAGUUGCUUUAUAUUUUGUUGUUCUUAUUGUUGUUAUCAGUAAAUAGUUAAGACACCGCCCGACCUUUGACCCAUCACUAUAGGCAUCUUGAUAAUUUUGUAAUUAUUUAGUAAUAUUUUACACAAAUAACAGGCAUUUGUGUUGUAAAAUGUGUUCCAGAAACAUUACCUUCUCCAAAAAUAGAUUGUUUGGGUGCCGGUUUAGUAUCACGAAUAUUCAGACUCGCAGUUUAAGUGACAGUGAUGCAAAAGUUAAGAAAACUCCGCUAUACAAGUUGCAUGAGAAAUAUGGUGGUAAAUUGGUCGACUUUGCUGGGUUUCUCUUACCAGUGCAGUACUCCGAUUUAAGCGUCUCAGCAUCUCACCUCUUCACUAGAAGUGAUGCAUCCAUUUUCGACGUAUCCCACAUGCUACAAACCAAUGUUCGCGGGAAGGACUGUAUUUCUUGGUUCGAGUCUAUAUGUCCGGUAGAUUUGAAAGGAAUGCCACUUGGUACUGGUUCUUUAACGGUUUUCUUGAACGAAAAAGCUGGAAUUAUCGAUGAUCUUAUUGUCAGCAAAGUGAAGGAAGACCAACUGUACGUAGUUUCAAAUGCAGGACGUUUGGAAGUCGACAAGCAGCACAUGAAGGAAACUUCAGAAAGAUUUCGUAAAAACGGCAAAGAUGUUACUGUCGAGUUCUGGGAUGUGACCGAAAGGGCUUUAAUAGCUCUCCAGGGACCAAAAGCAGCGAAAAAUUUACAAACUUUAACAGAUAUACCCAUCUCUGACUUAACAUUCAUGACGUCGCGUGUAGGUUUGGUGGCAGAUGUGGAAUGUCGUGUUACAAGAUGUGGCUAUACAGGAGAGGAUGGUUUCGAGAUAUCCAUACCAGCCGACAAGGCGGAGAAUGUGACAGAAGCAUUAUUGCAGUUCCAGGAUAUAAAGCUAGCUGGACUCGGUGCGAGGGAUUCGCUACGCUUGGAAGCAGGGUUGUGCCUGUACGGGAAUGAUAUCGAUGAAGGUGUUACGCCAGUCGAAGCCGCUUUGACGUGGCUGGUUGCCAAGAGACGCCGCACCGAAGCCAAUUUCCCAGGUGCUGAUAUUAUAAUACGGCAAAUUAAAGAAGGCGUCACUAAAAGGAGGGUAGGGAUUAGGAUGGAGUCUGGAGCGCCUGCUAGAAAAGAUGCAGUUCUUAAAAAUACUAAAGGAGAAAAUAUAGGUAAGGUAACGAGUGGUUGCCCGAGCCCUUCUCUAGGAGGCAACGUUGCAAUGGGCUAUGUCCUUGAAGAGUUAAAGAAAGUCGGCACGGAAUUACUAGUUAACAUUCGUGGCAAGGAUGUGUCGUGCAAAAUCGCAAAAAUGCCUUUCAUACCAUCAAAAUAUUAUGUUAAAAAAUAAAAACGCUUUUAAUUUGUACAAAAUAGUAGUUUUAUUUACAAUAUUAAAAUAUUAUCCUAAGCAUGAUACUAAAAUUAAUAUAUUAUAAUUGACAUAAAUCAUAGAGAAUUAAGUAACGACUGUAAUUUCUAAAAUUAACACAAAUAAAGAACCUUUGAAAUAUAUAAAAAUCGCACACAACUACUUAAUUUUCUAAUAAUAAUACUUAAUAGUUAUAAUUAACAUAAUUAAAAUUAACAAUUGAGCGAUAAUAAGUAAAUUCGAUAUUAAUGGGGUAAUUAAUAUUUAAUUUAUUAAUGCACUAUAGUAUAGAUUGUAUAAUAAUAGUAUAGUGUGCAUUGAUUUUUAUUUUUAUAAAAAUUAUUGUGGAAUUAUACAGGAAUGUUGAGGCUAUGUUUUAUUUAUAUUAAUACUGUUUAAUAUUAUUAUUUUGUUAUAAUUUAUAAAUAUACAAGUUUUAUCACAGGAAUUAAUCCAAAAUGGAAAUUGUUAUCAAAAAUAUGUUUAUUUUUUCAUGCUAAUGUAUAUCUCUGAAAGUAUUCUGUAUUCACACUGCUUAGGUUUUUGAAGCUUUAAAUGUUAGAUAAGAAAAAUAUAUAGGAACGUUCAAUACAGUUUACUGGACAGCCAAAAGGCAUACUGGUAUGACAAUAAUUUCAGUCUAGUUGCAGCCUUAGUCAAAAGUGUAUAAAUAAAUGCAAAUACUUUGAGAGCUUGAAAAAUUGAGCUUCCUGAAAUAUGGUUCUAGCAAUUCAGAUUAUCAUGAGUUAUUAUUAACUUAAAAUUAUUAUAUGUUACAAAUCCAACAUUUUAUUCAUACACUAAACUUAAAAAGUUAACACUAAGGAGCAGUUUUUUUUUAAUAAAAAAGUUUAAAUAACAAUAAAUAGGCAAGCACCUCCUUAUAUUUUGUAAUAAUAUUAAUUUUUAAACGACAACACUGCCCAAAUGUUACCAUGAAGAACAUUUUUGUUUUAUUUAAAAUACAUUAAAUAUUUUCCUGGCUUUAUUGUCUUUCUUAUCUACAUUUAUGUAAAAAUAACUACAAUUAAAUAAUUAAGUACCUAUAGUAGAAAACUGAUACAGCUUUGUACAACAAAUAUUUGAACUUGGACGGAGAUCAAUACCUACUAGGGCGAUGGCGGAUUCAGUCCGAUUCGAAUCAGAGAAAUUACGAUCCAAGAUAGCCGUUUAUUCUUCGGAUAGCAAACAUGGAAAUUCUGACUAACACUGUGCUAAUAGCAAUUCUUGUAGUUUGGCUGAAUUUAUGGUACACUAUAAAAAUACCACUAGCUUCAACAAGUGCGGUUUUUAAUUGUAGCAAAUAGUGAGAGAGUUGCAUAGUAUCGAUUCUGAUUAUUUCUCUUAACUAAAUUUAGAGUUAUCUGCAUUUUUAUCGUUUUAGUACUGCUAAAAAAGGAUAGAGAAUGAAUUUUAAAAUUUGCAUAGUUGAAAGUUUGUUCUACGAAUUUAAACAAUAGCAUCACGAGUCACGACUGGCACCUAAAAUCACGAGGUUUGAUAGUUCUAUAUUAAAUUUAAGUUUUCUUAUUACAUUGAUCAGAAAAAGGCGCAAUACUCUAAAAUUUAUUUGCGAUCAGAAUCAGUAUAGUGCGUUUCAU